AUGAUGGAGCACUUGCUAGUAAAUUUUAAUCUGGGUAAACUUAAGCGUCCUUCUUAUUUUUAUUCAGUGCUGCUAAUUACAAUAACUUUUUGUCAAUUAAUCAGUGCAAUAUUUUCAAAGUACUAUUUUUCUUUAGAAUACUAGAUAUUACUUAAUCAUCACUUAUCAAUAUCCAAAUAUAUAAUUUUCGUAAUCUUCUCAAAUCAUCAAUCUAAUCAAAUAUUUAGAUGUUAAUAGUGUAAUUUAAGAAAAUGAGAUAAUGAUAUAAAUAUUUUAUUGGUGGUUAUCAACUUAAAGUUUAGUGACUUAUAUUCUUUAUGGAAUUUGCUACUUUUAGGUGAAAUAUCAAAAUAAGAAGAAUUUAAUUGAUUAGUCCAGUGCUAAAGUUUUAAAUUAUUCAUAAUUUAGAUGUUAACCUAACUUUUAUUAAUAGAUCAAUGGAUAACUUGUUAACCUACUUAGCUAGUUUAUUUAAAUAUUGCUUACUGUUCUAAUAAUAAUUAUUGCUUAAAUAUUAUAAUAAGUGAUUAAAUUUAGUAGAUUAUAGCAAGUUGCUUUUUAUUGGUGAGAUUUAUUUUUCAAAUUAUAUUGAUAUUAUUUUUCAUUAAUCAUCAUAGCAUUAAGAAAGAUACACUCUCUUGUGGAUCAAGAUUUAUUUUAUUCUAUUUAGAAGUUUUUAGAAUUCUACUUAAUAUAUUAUUAGCAUUUCCAAAAAUGAACUAGGAAUUUCAUGUAAAUAUUUAAUUUAUUAUAGGUUACAUUUUUAAUUUAUUUAUUUCUAUCAACAUGUUUAGGAUGUUAUUUAUUUAAAAUGAAUGAUUUUAAGUUGUUUAUUGCAAAUCAUAAAGUAAGAUAAGUUUUUAAAAUAUUCACAUUUUCAUUAUUUGGCAUUUCCAUAGGAUUAGCUAUAAAUUCUAUCUCUAUUCAUUUUAACAUUACUAAAAGUGAUAAUUUUAUUUUUACAAGUUUAUUGAGUGUGAUUUCAAUCAUUUGGAUUUUUUAUUAAUUUUAUUUCAACCAGUAAAUAUAGCAUCUUUGUAAAUCAGCUCUAACAGAAAAUAAUAUAACUUAAAAAAUUGAUAAUCUAAAGUCUAUUACAAAAGAGAUAAACAUUUUCCAUGAAUUUGGUGAAGCUGAUUCAUUUUAUUUAGGAAUUCUCUAUCAACAUUUUUCUAACAUUUGCCCUAAAGAUAAAAGAGAAAGAUGCUUUUGUAUGAUGAGAUUCUUGUAUGAUCCAAAAAAACAUAAAGAUAUUAAAAAUUCUUAAUUUUCUAUGUUAAGAUAAAAAAGAUUAUAUUUGAAAUAUCUAAUUAAAACAUGGUUUGAAAUCUAUUUAUUUCAUCAUCCUUAAGAUGUUAAUAUUAGAAUUAACUAUGCUGUAUUUCUUUAUUAUUAAAUGAACAAUUAAGUUUAAUCAAAUAUUUAAAUCAAAUUAAUACGGAACUACAAAAUGAAUAUAUUACAAUAGUUUGAUUUAUGCAAAAUAGAACUUUAAUUUUAAAAUGAAAUUAUUGAUGAUAAUAGUUUAAGUUAUUAAAAUGAAUCAGAUUUUGAAUAUGUUAUUAAAAUGGAAUAAUUAAUUAAGUCAAUAGAAAUGAACAUUCUAAAUUUUCUUGAUUUUAGCAUAAAAUUUUGGAGGUAAGUCAAAUAAAAGAUUAUUUAUGAAGAGGAUCUAUGGAAUUUAAAUGAAUAAAUAAUAUUAACAAUUUCUAAAUCUGAUGAUUUGUGGAAUCAAAUAAUUAAACACAAAAUAAUUAAUAGAGAUAAAUAAAUAGUUAAGAAUUUUUUGAUUAGAAGACCAAAAUGGUAAUUUCUAUAUAAUUGGUAUCAUUUGUAUGUCCUAAACAAAAAAAUUAAAUAAUCAAUGUUAGAAUAUUGUGAUUCUCAGAACAUGUAACAAUAGCCUGUUGAUGAAGAUUCAGGAUCAGACAAUUAAAAUUAAAUUGAUUAAUUUUCCUAUUCAAAACCCUUCAAUUACACAUCAGCAAUUUUUCACACUACUUAAUCUGGACAAAUAGUGAAUAUCAGCGAAUCUACUUAUGAAAUUUUUGGAUUCUAACAAUAUACUAAUAUAAACCAAUUAUUACCUUAAACCAUUAUUAGAAAUCAUUAAUUUGGUAUUGAACAAUUUGUUUAAACAGGUAAAAGCAAAUCAUUUUACAAGAAAAGAAAAGUUUUGGCUUUAAAUAAUGAAAAGUAUCUUAUGCCAUGUAAAAAAUAUUUGAAAUGGCAUUUAAGUCCUCUUACAUAAAUAGAAUAUAUAUGUAUGAUCAGACCUAUAUAUAGAUAAUAAAGUAUCAGUUAUAUUCUAGUUAAUAAUGACUGGGAGAUUGAUUGCGUAUCAGAAUAAAUAGCAGAAUUCUUUUAGCCUGGUUUAUGUUUAUUUUUAUUAUGUCCAAAAUUAUUAAAAUAUUCGUAUUUUUCCUAAUUUUUGACAGAAGAUGAUCUUUAAUUGUUUAAAUUGAAAAGAACUAAAAAUGAAGAAAAUUAAGAUUCAAUAAUUGAUGCUAAAUUUACAAAUAGAAAAAUCACAAUAGUUCCAACUAAUUAUAAAAAUUAGUAUGUGGUGCAAUAAUAAACAUAAGAUUUAGUAAGUAUGGUUUUAGAAGAUGAUACAAAAAUAGUAGAGGAUAGUCCUAUAUGGAUAAAUGAUGCUUUACAUGAAGAUUAGCCUGAGGAAAAAGAUUAAUUAUUUAGAAGAUUUCAUAAGGUUGUUGAUGAAGAUCACGUUAAAUUAACUUUUAGAUUACCAAAAAAGAUUAAAAAUUUAAUAGAAGAUUAUGAUGAAGCUAAAAAUGAAAUACAAAUAAAUGGUUUAGAUUAAAUGACAAUUAAAUCAAAUAAACACAAAAAUUAGAGAAUCAUAAAAAGAAAUGAACAUGGAAAACUUUAAUUUGAUAAAAAAGUACUUUUUUUUAAGCUGUUUUAAUAUUAAGAAUUCUACUAUGAAACCUUAUAUAAUCAUUUUAGUAAUAAAUUUAACAAUUAUUUAGAAACCAGUUUUUAGAAGUAUUGUAUGACUAGUAGAAUGCUCAAAACUGUUAUUAAGAUUGAAGCAUCAAUAAGAUUUACCAAGAAUACAAUCAUGGAUAAAUAUUAAAUAAUCAAAAUCACUAAUCUAAAUAUCAUAGAAAGCUAAGUUUUAGAUAAAAAAGCCAAAGUAAUUCUUUAUAUUAUAUAAAUUUAGGGUGUUAAAGUGCUUAGUAGAUAAAAUCAAGUAGUUAAAUAAAGACAGAGUGUUUUUUAAAAUCAUUAAUCUCAGCAUCUUUAAUAAUUAUUAUAGCAAAAUUACUAAUAAUAAAUUGAUUAAAAUUAUUAAAAAUUACUUUAGCUUAAUGGUUAUAUUUGAAUAAUAUUUUAGUUUAAAAUUCUGAUGUGGAAUCUUAUAGAAAUACUACAAAUAAGGCAUUGAUAUCUGAAGACUAAGUAUAAUCUGAUUUUAAUGCUUAAAAAAUAACAUCAUUGAGUCUUAAAACAUAAAAUAAUAUAUUUAUUAAAGAAGAAAACAAUAAACCAGCUAAAUAAGAUGAAAAACUAAAUUACUUUAAAAUAUUAAAUAGAAUCUUUAUUUUAUUCUUAAUUAUUUUUAACCUUAUUGUUUUAUAUUAAGGACCUAAUGUUAAUAAUUAAAUUAUGGAUGAAUUAGGGGUAUAAUAUGUUAUUAUUAAAGUUUCAAAGUGCAAAGAAAUAGUAUGAUUUUCUAAAUGUAAUGAUAGAAUCAUAUGAUAAAUUACUAAAUGCUUUUUAUUUCGAAAAUAAUUUACAAGGUUAAAUUAUAAAUAAAUCUGAGUUCUAUCAAAAUUUGUAAAAGAGUUUUAAUGAUUAAUUAAGUCAAAUAACAAAUUUAUAUUAGCAACCAAGUUUUGUGUAGAAAAUCUAUAAAUCAAAAAAUUAUGAUAACCACUAAAAUAUAAUUGAUUUAAUAAAUUAAUACACUUCUAAUAUUGGAAGUCUUUAGUAAAUUGAUUAGUACUAUGAUUUUGAUUAAGAAUUAGAUUUCUUUCGAACAAUAUUUAUUCCUUUUCUUUUCAACUAUUAAAGCAGAAAUAUAUUUUAAAUGAUUGAUGAACUUACCUAAAAUUAUUAGAAUUAAGAUUGGAUAUGUUUUAUUAUUAUAAUGACAUCUACUGGAAUUUUUGGAUUUUAUUUGAUCUACAAUAUAUUUAAAAUACUAAAGUUUAUUACACAAAGUCAAGUAUCACAUUUAAUAUCUUUAGAAAGUUGCCAAAUAAUUGUGUUAUAUUGAAAAAACAUAAAUAGAAGAAUCAUUAAAAUUUUAUAUAAAUUUAAAAUUGUAAUUUUCAUGUAUCUGUAGUCAAACUGGUCUUAUAUAAAAUAGUAAAUAAGAAAAUCAAUUUUAGAUUAUUUUUAAUCAACCAACCAAACCAUAAUUAGAUUAAUGGAUGAAGAUGAAAAAAGUAGUAAUUUGAAGAGGUAGAAGUAUAAAUAAUAUGAAUGGUCAAAAAGAUGGAGAAAAAUAAAAGUAUUUUAAAAAUAAAUUUAGGUGUUGAUGAAUAUAAGAUAUCUAUUUUUUAUGUCUACAAUUUCAUUUUUAAGUUACUUUUACUUUAUUCACAUUUUAAGAUUUAAUAAACAAAUGUCAACACAAUUAAUUUCAAACUAAUUUACAAAAUAAACAACACAAUUGCUAUCAUUGACUCUUUCUAAAGAACUUUAUAUUUAUAAUUUUUUAAAUGAGACUUAUAUAGACAUUUAAAAUUUCUAAGAAAUUUAAAAUCUAUAUGUAAAUAGUAAUUCUGAUUUAUAAUCUAUUUUAUAUUAAACAGAUAUCGAUGAAAUAGACAAAAUAUUUAAUGGAGAUUUAUGUAAAACAAUAAAUUAAAGUAUGAAUUGAUGAUAUUAUUUUAGUAAUAAAUUUCUAAUAUUGUGAUACAUAUUUAAAUGGUGCAUUAAACUAUGGAUUGUAAUAUUAUAACUUUUUACUUUCUCAAAUGGCUUAAUAACUGCUAAAUCCAGAGGAAGGACUUUAUGAAAAUACAACUAUUGAUAAGAUCUUUGAAUUUGAUUAGGUAGAGAUUUAUUUUUUAUACUUUUAAGGUGAAUUAAUUUUAAAGUAUUGGAUAUAAAUAAGCUUGGGUAAUUCUAGGAUAUAAAUAUAGUUAAAAUAUUGUUGAAAGUUCUUAAAUAGAAAUAAUUUUUCUGUAAUUCCUUAUUAUAAAUAAAUAGACCUUGUUCCUUAAUAUUUACUUUGGUGUUAUUCAUAAUCUUAUUUGAAAUAAGUUUCUUUAAUUAGAUGCUAAGAAUCAUUUUAGAAGUUCGUUGUUUCUACAAAAGAUACUUUUCAAAUAAUACUAUAGAUAGACAUAAGAUUAUUAGGGCAUAAUUAAUAUAAUGUAAAAUAAUCAACAAAUGAGUGGAAUAUAUAAAUUAUCAUUCUCUUAUAUUUAAAUAAUAAUAUUUAACAAUAUAAUAUGUCUUUUGUAGAAUAGAAAGUAAAAUAGUUAAGACCAAUACGAACUUAAAGAACAUAAUCAGAAUAUGAUUCUUAAUAAGUAAAAGCAAGUCCAGAAUUAUGGAUAUAAAAUGUUUUAAAGGAUGAAGCUGAACAUAAAAAUGUACUUAAAAGCUUUGGAAUAGAUAAAGCUUCUUUGAAGACUGCUGGUAUAACAUAAGCUGAUCGAAUAUACAGUAGUUUGUUCAUCUAUUCUUAAGGAGUAUACAAUUCUUUAGAAGAGCUUAUUGCUUAAAGUUUUGAUAAAAAAUCUAUAAUGGGUAAGCUUUGGAAAGUAUUUCAACUAUUGACUGAUAAGUGUAAACCUCAAGUUAUUGAAGUAGAUUAAGCAUAAAGUUAGUAGAAGAUCACUAUAAAUAUGCUUAAUGACUAAUUUUAAUCAUUAAUGCAAAUAAAAGACCAAGAUUUAACUGAGCUAUAAAAUUAGAUUAAAAUGAGAGAUGAGACUAUACAUCUGUUAUAACAUAAGCUAAAUUUAUAGAAAUCAGAACUGGUAUAAUAUGACGAAUUAAUAUAAGAAAGAGAUAAGUUAUUUAGUUAAGAAACAAAAAAAAGAGUUAGUUUUGAAUCUAAGAUUAAUCAAAUCUAAUGUAUUUUUAAUUAGUAACUCUAACUUAACGAAUCCUUAAAAUAGAAACUUUAAAAUACAGAGUAAUAAAUAAUUAGUUUGGAAUAAGAACUUGAUUCUAAAAGAUAAACUAUUUUAAGUUUAAAUAUAGAGAUUGGUGAAAAAGAUUAAAGAUUAGAUAAUUUUAAAUGUAGAACUUUUGACUCAGAAUUAUAAGUGAAAAUACUUAAAGAUAUGAAUCAAUAAUUAGAGAAUAAAUGUCAAGAGUAUGAAUAAAAGAAAUAAAAAGACUAUUCUUAAAUAUAGUAAUUAAAUUAUUAAAACUCUAUUAAUUAAUCAUAAUAUAAUAAAUUAGAUACUCUUAAUAAAUAAUUAACAAAUAAUUAUGAACAUUUAUAAUAAAGAUAGAUUGAAUAAACAAAUUAAAUUUAAUAAAAAUCAUAAGUAAUUUUUGAACAGUUAACAAAAAUCACAAAUUAUGAAACUUAAAUUAUUUUAUUAACUUAAGAGAAUGAAAGUUUAAAAUUAAAAUUAUAAGAUACAAAUUCAAUUUAUUAAGAGAUUAAUUAGAAUGCAUAAAAUUAAGAGAAUGAAAUUCAAUAAUUAAGAUCAAAAUAAUCAAUUUUAUCAGCAGAGGUAGUUUAAUUACAAAUAUAGAAAAAUUAACUUAUAAAAAAUUAUGAAGAUUGUAUGAAAACAUAUCAAGAAUUAAAAAAAGAUUUUGAUUUUGAAUAAGAAUUAAAGUUUAAAAUAGAAUUCGAUCUUAAAAGAUAAUAAGAUUAAGUAAAAUAACUUGAAUCUGAAAAAAAAUAAUAGUUAGAUUAAGUAAGAGAUAUGUAAAAGAAACAAAUGUUUUAAAUUUAAUAAAAUGAUGAAAAGAGUAAAUUCUAAUAAAAUUAAAUAAUAAAAAAGGACGAGACUAUUGAAGAAUUAAGAUGUAACGUUAAAAUUUUAAAUACAAGUAAUUCUACUCUUGAAGUAUAAGUUGCAUCUCUAACUCAAAAUUUAAAUGAAUUAUAAAACAAAUACUCCUCAGAAAUUAUUAAAAAAUAAGAAUUAGAAUAAUAAGUAAGAUUAUUACGGUUGGAAUAAAAAAAUUUGUCAACAGAAUAUAAGAAAAUGGAAGAAAAUCUUCUACUUCAUCAAAUCAAAUAUAGUUAAAUAAAGGAUUAUCCUGAUAAGUAUAAGGAAAUAAAUGAAUAAUAUACAAUUGCCUUAGAAUUAGUUAAUUAAUUGCAAUAGGAUAUUUCUUUAUUAAAAUAAACAAAAUAAAGAUAACAUGCUUAAAUCUAAACAAAUGAAAUAAGUUUAAGCAAUACAGAAUGUUAAACAGAAAUCUUAUAAAAAGAUCACUCUUAAUAUUUUGGAGCUGUGUAAGAAAAUAUUUAAACCUAAACUCUGCCAAUAAAUAUUAAUGAUAAAUAAAUAUAAGUAGAUUUCAGAUAAGCAAAUUCUACUGAAGGUGAUUCUAGUUUUAAUGAUAAGAUUAUAUGCAAAAAAUAAAAUUAAUAUACUUAGGUAGAAUUAAUAACAUAAACAGAUUUUUAACUUGAGACACAAUAGAAGAGUAUUGAAUAAGAAGCUAUAUCAAAUCACAGAUCAAUUUAAAAUUCUUAAAAUUUUGAAGAUAGCUAUUAGACACGUUUACAACCAUAAUAUGAAGAUUUAAUUUAUGAUAAAUAGUAAAUGAAACUGAUUAGAAAUGGGAAAGGUAAUUCAAUAAAUAAGGUUGAAGAAGAUUAGAUUUAAGAAUCCAAUAAAUUAUAUAUGAAAUCAAAAUAAAAAGAUAAACUUUAUAAAGGAUUAGAAUUACCAUAGAUUUCAAACUGUGGUGAUAAAACUUAAGUAAUAAUAAAUCAAAAAACUCCUUCAGCUAGAUUUGCUAAAAUGUAUGUUUAGGCAUCUGAAUAUUACAAAAAAUGA